CUGGCCACAUGCUACUGCGAGUGCAGCGCAUCCGACAGUAGAGGGCAGUAUAUACCACGCACCGAAAUUCAGAGCGCAUUGAUUGGGUGGAAGUGACAGGGACUAUAGAGUCCGGCCCAAGCAUCACUAACACGCUGGUGAGAAGCAGCUGUACAUGUAUGUACAGGGCUCGGCAGGUAAAGCGAUAGCCAGUUGGGAGAUAUACCUGGACGGUGUAGCGUACGAUUUAAUGGCUCGGCCGUGCCUGGUUAAGUGCGACUCGUAAUGAAAAUUCGUAUCUGGUUGGUCGUGUCGGAACUGAGAUGCCGGUAUAGAGAAGCGAGGCGAUCUCCACAGAUGGUGAUUUGGGUGACGUUGAUCGGAACAGUACAAUUGCAUGAUAGGCUGAGCCAAAGAUACAUAAAGAGAAAAACAUAAAAGUGUAUCAAAAGACCAGACACUUCCUCGUAUCAACCUCCUCUUUCAUGUCCAUGCCGCUACUGCCUCCGGGGAAUUCUUUUAGACCAAAGAGGGAGAGAGAGAGAGAUAGCGGAUAUUAUCUGCGACCCAGUCGCCCUAUCGCGCAUCGCCAUCGAAGCCCGAAAAGAGAGGCAGACACUGACUCAUGGCAGUGUUUGGCUGGUAAACCGGAACGGAUGACUGCAGGACGCAGUGCUUGUGAGUCAGUCGGCCGUCUGCCUCAGCCCUCAUUAGGCUCGCGGAAGGAGUCCUGAAGUUCCUGCAGUUUGCUAACGGUACCAGGGCAAUAACCGAGUUCAGAUGAUCAUUGCAAACAUUAUUAGAGAGGUCGUCAAGAACAGUUAACGACGGCAUGCUUUCCGUUCGCGUACGUUUACAUGUAAGUUGCUGAGCGAUAGAAAAUGAGUCUCGAUUCGAUGGACGGAGACUAAUUGGAGUCUAGAGGAAACAUUGACAUAAGUACGGAAUAUUCUGUGGUCCAGCGGUGGACACACGGCGCGCAGUCGACAAUUUCAGUCAUGUUUGGACUAGCCGUGGCGUCAGGAAUUAGACUGUAAGCAUCACACACUCAGCUUUAAAUCACCAGACUGUAUUAGGCAAUGUGAUUGGUCAAAUCUACCCUGCACGACUGAAAUGCUCGGUUAUAAAAGCGUCAUCGCGCGUUUGCAUUGCCCCCAAACCUCGCACGGCACAUCAGUCUGAGAUUCGGUGCAGGUUUGUGUACUCUCAUAAAGACUGAUAUUCACAACUUCCAAGACUACCCAACAGGUAGAUCACAAUGGCUAGUGGUGUUGAGAGUUUGGUAACAAUCGGUGGCACCGGCAAACCCUACGUGAACAUGGAGUCUGGAAACUCAUCAGUUCAAGACGAUGACUUCUGGGAAAAAGUACUCACGGACAAACGGCUACAGAGGUACGACGCGGUGGAAGUCGCCAUUGUCACUGCUGUCAUGCCGUGUAUCAUGGUCGUCGGAUUGGUAACCAACUUUACUUUCCUAUUCGUCAUGUACCGUGUAGCCUGGAUGAGGACCAACGUGAACGCUUACCUCUUCAACCUCGCCAUUGCCGACAUUUUGGUCCUGACCCUGGGGGUCGGGGACAAGUUGUGGCACUAUAUGGAGACGCCAUUCAUGUUGGACGAGGCGUUCCGUGGGACCGUCGGCUGCGUCCUGAUCGAUCUCCUGCUGGACUCCGUCUAUUUCACCGGGCUGUUCCUCGUCACCCUGGUGUCCUUGCAUCGUUUCAACGCCGUCUGCCGUCCGCACUCAGGCAGCCACCAGCAGAACAAAGCCAGUACCAGGAGAUGGAUCGCCGGGGCCUGGCUGGGAGGGAUCCUCCUGGCCAGCUCUCUCGUUCCCAGCUACUGCGUCCUGACGUUGUACGACAUCCCCGCCUGGCCGGACACCCCCAAGUACAGCCAGCUCCCACAGGUGAUCGGCUUCUGCCAACCCAUCGAGGACUGGAUGCCCACCGCGGUCAACCUGGUCCAAACUGUGCCUUUCUUCGUGGCCAUGACUGCCAACACCUUAAUGUACAUACGAAUCAUCAUGUCCCUGAAUCACAUUGUGGCCAAGGGGAGUGAAUUUGGCUGCAAGGACGUCAACGAACGCAUACGCAACAGGGUCACCAAGAUGUUGGUUGCUAACGGUUGCGUCUUCUUCAUGUGCUUGUUCCCUUUUGAGCUAACCUCCCUGCUGUCCGUGUCCGGGGGCGUGGAAAUCAAUGUAGCCUGGUCACACUGUGUCCGCAUGUUGCUGUACAUCAAUUCCACCGUUAACCCUAUCAUCUAUGGCGUAACCAACUCCAAGUAUCGCAAAGCGUAUGCUCUUGCCUACGCCUGCUACAAGUCAAAAUCCUCGGACAUGGUAAAGUACGAACUGAGUAUACCUUUAAAUCGAAUGAAAGAUCGGCCCACCACAGCGGUAACCGAUUGCAGGGUACGCGGAGGAGAUUCGUAGUGGGGAGAAACAUGUAAAUAUUUAGUCAGAAGUAAUUUCGUCGAAAUUACCGUAAAUUAAGCCCUGUCAGAGUGGUUCGUCCUGCCACUCAGUUUUGGUAAAGUUAAUACGAAAGACUCCUUACGGUUAUCAUCGGGAAUUAGAACUGUCUGGGAUGAUAACUUUUAAUUAGGACCUUAGACAUUUUUGUCUACGGAGGGUUGGCAGUUAAAUCUCUCCGUAUUUAAAUUAAUGAAGAUAGCAUGCUGUUGACAUGUGCCAUUAUGUAUCGCUAACUCAGUCGGUACUGGAAUUCUGUUCCGUUUGUUUCACGUCUCAGUCUAGGUUUAGAUAUAUUUUACCAAAGGUAUAAAAUGGUUAACUUCCCAAGUUAGAAAGGGGAAAAAAGGAAAUUUUUGUUUGUUAAGCUAGUUUUUGUUUUCAUUUUCUCUUUUGACAUGUAGACCAUAACUCCAGAAAAGUACUUAUUAACUGACGACACUGGGUUGCAGCGUUGUCAAAAUUUCUGAGUCGAUGCUGAGCUAACGGCAACCUCACUUUGAACUCUCCCACUCGUGAAGGAUCGUGACUCGCGGUGUAAAUCACAUAUUUACCCUUACAAGUUUUAAUGGCAAGACGCUUCAACCCACGAGCGGUUGAAUGCCUACUGCUCAGGGCAUGCAGCGGGCAAGGGGCGGCCCCAGUCAGCCAGGAAGUAUUUAUUAAACCUCUCAACUUUUUUAGAGUCUGCACUUCCAAACUGAUCACUGAUCAAGGUCUGUGGGAAGAAGUCAUGGGAGGACGCGCUUACGAAUUUGCGAAAUGUGUUUAAUAGGUCACACACGAAUACUAGAGAUUCUAAAAUCUACGUGCAUGUAGGUAGUAAGUCACGUUUGUGUGUUAUAUCAUGGUUAAUCAGAGCUUUCAAAAAUGGUAAUUGUCAUUUUUAGGUCAGAGUUAUAGGUGUGACUGGAAUGAGCCAUGUCAACGAGUACUUUGACAAUUGUUAGUAUAAUCUACGUCCAGUGCACUUAGUGACGGUGAUACGCGCCCAUGUGUUCCUGUGUAAAGAUGUUUCAUGUAAUUUUUGGGAGGACAGUGGGUGGGGAUGAGUACAUAUUUGUUGGUCUGGUCUCUCUUGGUGCUUGUUUGUUUGCUUAUUUGUUUUUUCGGGGGUGGGGUUGUUCUUAUUCUGUUCUCAAGUGCGUAAUGUACACCAUGGCUGUAAAGAGUAGCGAUCGGUUAUGAUGUUGGCAUAUGUGUAUACACAAAGUUGCGGCACAUUUUCAAACACUGAUAAAGAUGAAUGUAUGGUUUGACUCAAGCAACCAGUAACAGGUGGUGGACUGACAGGCAGGGAUAUGUGUCCGGACCGCCUACCGACAUGUUCGCACGUAUCAUGGACACGGACAGGUUGGUUGACCGACAAGUUCUCGCAAUGCUGGGAAGCCUCUUGGCGUUGGACUGCACCUCGCGGACAUGUACCCAGAAUCACAGUGACGUCAUACUGUACUACCGUUUAUGAAAACUAGACGGGCGGGUAGGCAAAAAUGUCUGAGGAAAGGUUUGCGUGAAAUUAUUUCACUCAUUAUCUCAGGUCUCUAUAGGCCACGGUUGCAGAGAAAUCUAGUGUGAUGGAUUGUACAAUAGUAAACAAACAAACAGACCUGAUUGCAAGACACCGACUUUCAUUUUUGACGGUGCAUGCUUCCGCUCAAGUAGUUAGAUCGUGGGAUAGAACGGGCCUUGAUCAUGAGUUACCCAGUUAGCCAGGUCAAGUUUGGUCUGUUCGUUUGGUUGAUGUGUGAUGGUAAACAAAUUGCUAGUGACGACUAUCUGGGGAUCAUUUGCCCCGUAGACGCGGACAGAAAACGACCUUGAUUCAACCAGACGUGCCCCAGUCGAUCCCUCCCAAGUGUAAUAGCAGGGGGUUCAUCGAAUCAACGAUGCCAUGGGGAUGAAAACAGUAACUCACGUGGAAUAAUUAUGAACUCCAAAAACGCAUCAAGCUUAAUGUCAUGGUGUACAGUGCGUGCAGGCUAUACAAAAGUUGUGUUGAUGUUUUAUACUCAAGGGUCUAUUUAUGAAUAAACGGAAUUGUAAUAAGUGGUAUUAAACGUCUGAUACACAUGCUGGACUGUUCCAUUUCUGGAUAAAGUGAUUCGAUUUUAUUUUAUUUUGAUAGUACUUUUUAGAAUACAUAUAGUUCUCGGUGAGAAUCUUCGUACCACGAUAUAUAGUUUCCUAGAUCGUAUCUUAUUUGUAUCUAGCGUAUAUCGGUAUUGUGAAUAAUUGAAAAGUGUAGUAAAACUAUUAUACAGUCUGGAUAGUAGUCGAUAUUAUGAUAAUUGUUAAAGUACAGAAACGGCCGUUUAUCAAUUACAAUGACCCACUGCACGACAUCUUUCCUGCUUAAUUUAGUUUUGAGUUGUCAGCUUGCGGGGCUAGGCCUGUGUAUUACACGCCUAUGCGCCAUUUUUUGUUCAGUUACAAGUUACCAUUGAGGCAUUUUUUUUCUGUAGAGCUCAUGUGAAAUACAUUGGGCUCUCGUUUCUUGCCAAAUUUGUGCCAUCUUGUGUAGUUGGGGUUGAUUUCCCCAGAGCAUGUUAACCGGGAAACACAAACGCCAUCAGGUUUCCUGGCGUUUGGGGAAAACUGGGGGGGGGGGCAACAGUCUCCGGAUGCACCAAAAGAAAAGUAUGCGAAACGAGAGGGAAAUGCAAAAAUCAUGCAAAGUCAUGACGUCGGUUGACUUGAAGUACGACCUUGCACGCUGCGCCCCUGCCGCUGUGUUCCUUUCUCUGUAUUUUGUAUUUUGAGCAGUGUCUGUAUUCACUCUCUGGAGAGGCGGUUGCUGGAAUUGACCAAACUUGUAUUAAUAAUGAGUGCCCUAUGAAAUCUAACUGACUGAUGUCAGAAGAGUCACAGGGAGGGUAAAACUCAAUUAAUUAGGAGCCGCUAAUGGACUCUUUAUCAAAUUACACGCAGUCUUCGGUCCCACGUCAAAGAAUCGAGACUAAUUCACUUUUGGGCGGUAAACACGAUGCAAGAAUUGGAUUUGCAUUCAAAAAGGCUUUACUGCAUUAAACAUGAACACUAAAAAAAGCUACAUGCAACGUCAACUUUGUACGGGGGUAAACCAAGAUUGUCGAAGAUUUAUUGUCUGUUGGGAAAUAGAUAUUUUCAUUCGUCUUAAUGUUAUGGAUCUAACCGGUAAAUAUAGCGCUUGUCAUACAAAAUUUGGAAAGCUACUUCAAUUUCUUUGCCAAAUCUCGUUACCCAUAUGGUGCGAAAUUCGAUUGCGAAUUUGCACCACCAAAUUUCAUUACGGGUGCGUUUGAGUAUAGUUUAACCGGAUAGACUAGGGUUAAGGGAGAUGCAGGCUGGAUACUCGAACGCGCCAAAAGCCUUUGGCGCAACACAAGUAAAUGUCAAAGGUCACACACUUCCGAUUGGCGAACCGUGGCUGGCCAUCAGCACACAAAAAUAAGAAACAAAGGAACAAAAUGUUGAAAAGAGUCUUGGACUGCGUUUGAAUCACUUCAUUGCAAAUAUGUUGGGUUUUUUAAACGUGAUGUGCCUGUAUUAGUAUUCGUCCAAAAGAUUACAUAUCUAUAUUAAUGACAUUAACAUUUCAACUUUCCUUGAGAGAAACUAACAAACUAAAUCACCAAUCUCAAUAACAAAAGAAAAAUUUGCUUUUUGAUUUAUAUACCAACGUAAUCGACGAACAAGACGAAAAUACAUAGCAAGAAUUAGAGUACUGUAAAUGACGUAAUAAACUUGGAGACAUAGAAAUCCUUAAUGGUGCUAAUUCGAAAUCAAAUCCCAUAAAUAAGCCCAUAACACAAUAUGAAUUAUUAAAGAAGUAAAAGGCAAAAGAUUGUUAAUGGCUGACAUGAACAAUUAACCUUUCCUCUAAAGAAACGGUAGAGAACAAAUCACUGAAAUGGAUAACAAAAGACUAAAUUGCUUCUUCAAUACCAUCAUAACUGGCACACAAGGAUGCCGAAUCAAGGUAUGAAGCGAGUAUAUAAUACUGCAGUGGUGAAUAACAUUGCAGAAAAAUUAGGAUGGAAGUAAUUCAAAAUAAGAUUCCUUAAGUUUAAGCGCAACGGGACGAAAUGGUCAUCGAAUAUGAUAUUGGCCUUGAAUUUUACAAGGAAAACCCUUUUAUGUGUGACCCAUUUUGUUCAGGUGGCAAUCUGGCAGUACUGAAUUAAAUUCUCCUCUGUAAUUUUUCUUCCACGUUUGAACCAUUUUGAUGUGGGCUUUCUCGGUCAAUUUCAGCAACUGAUGAGCAGCUAAUUGAAUUUUCUUGGGCUUCAUUUCAAGCCAUCCUCUCCAGAUUUAAGUGUGUUACAAAUUUAGAACUCGGGCAUUCAUUUCCGUUUUGAUGCAUUCGAAUUCCUUAAGCAGCGGUUUUAAUUUGGCUUUAUCGUCGUUUUUUUCAUGAUGUACAAUUAUCUUUCAAUUUAGCAAAGCUGGCUCGACUCGAGAUUUCUGUUGAUUUGUUUUCAAUUUCCAAAAGUUGCAAUCGAUUUCACUAAAAGUGUGAUAAACAAAAUGCAAACAAACAGAAAAACAAGUUGAUUAAACGAAACAACUGUUUUGUAUCUUCACUUUAAGUGAGGAAAAUCUUUUCUUCCUGAUUCAUUUUUAUGUUUCCCUGAAUUUGAUAUGAGCCUAUAUUUUUCAUUUAUCUCUUUUGUUUUGGGGGAUCUUAAUUAGGCUAACGAACCAAGGCCUAAUUUGCGUUUGUGAAACAAUAAUGUUUGUUAUUUUUGGGGUGUUUUUUAUGUUUUUAGCUCAGGUUUCUUUUUUAUAUAGGUUCUUCCUCAACCAUCAAUCUGUUGGUGUGUCAGACAUCUUGGCAUAUAUAUUUUCGUAUGGUUAUACGACUGCAUGCACUUCACUUAGGUGAUGGCAUCUAUUCUCUGAAUGGAUUCCUAUUUUAUAGAUUGCACAAAUGACAGAUGCCUGCCCAAUAAUGAUUUUGAAUGACCACACACAUGCCUCGAAAAGCUUCUGCAAAAUUUGAAUGCCAUUCUUUUAAAUGUUAAAUUUGAUUGCUAUUUUUGUUAAAUCGAAUGACACAUCAGUACCCUGGCCGUGUCAUCAAAUGAAAACAAAUGACUAUUUGCAUCAGCAUUCAAUUGUGCCCGAAAUAGAAUAACCAAGUGAUUAAAUUUUGCUGCUAAGUUGUCAUAAUUAACCGAGAUAACCUAUUAGGUACCCGCAAAAUGUGCAACGAAAAGGCGUGAAAGGCACUGUGUCUGUCAGUGAAGCGGUUUAAUAACCUUCUGUAUCGUGUGCACGAUUGAAAUUAAUGAUUUCGGUGAGACAGUGCCACAGAAACGCCAGUCCGUCCGUGAGCGUUCAGCGGCAAAAUAAUGGUCUUCGGUUGUCACGCCGAAAUGUAAUAAACAAAAUGGAGAAUAAAAGCCCCAAGCUCUGUACACGUGCACUGACAUUCCUGCCUCCAGCGAACCCAAAUAUGCCUGUUGUCUGUUGAUUGAUGGUGUAGUGAACAGAACGACUGUCGAAAAUAAAACAUAAAACACGCUUUUUUGAAUAUCAUAUUUAUUGUAGGAUCUCUUUUGUUGAUGUAGGCCUGUUGCGGUUUAUUUUACUUCUGUAUAGACCUGCAUUAUUCUCAGCAAGCUGUGUAUUAAAAUUCUUCGGCGAUGACCAUUUUGUCUUAUGUUGUAGCCAAUGCUUCCAUUAUAAUUAUUUUUGCUCACUAAACAUUGAUUUUGAAAUGUGAUUGUCGUGAAAAAUAUUGCAAAACCCUCAAUUUGUAAUGUUGUAAUAUUCCGUGUAUGCACUAGUACGUUUUGUAAAUAUUAUCUUAGAUUCCUUCUACGAACUUUUUCCUUUGGGGAAGAGCGGUAUCACUCACCAUGGAAAUCUGGACUGGAAAACUACACCGGGCGGUAUUAAGCCCAAUCCUUUGUGCUUUGGAUACUAUUUCAAAAUUCCCUAAACUUAUUUUUUCCUCGCCUUUCUGCUUCGGAUAAAAUUUCCGCAUCUAUUGAACUAAUUUUCCCCCGCUCCAGUGGUUGUGGCAUGGCUUGGUGCUGUUUCUGUUUGCGUCGUGAUCACUUUGGUACGAUUUUCCCACACAGUCCGUGUGGGCAUAUACCAAGUGUGCAUAGGAUCCUCUGCUGCUUUCCCUCCUUGGCUCUUCGUUUCAAGCAUUUUAGUCAGUCUCGUUUUAUUGACUUGACAUUAUUGGACUAGUAUGAGGCGGAUGCAAAAAUCCGGGAAUGAAUUAUAUUCAGACAGAUUUCGAAAAGGAAUGUUGGUCGUUCCAAAAGUUGUACAGUAUCUGAAAAUAAAUUGUCUGUUAUGGUGUCGUUGCAAUGUGGAGCCAUGCACAGUCUUUUCUUUUUUCAAACUGAAAUAAAAAUCUGCUUCUUUUUAAAGGAAU